CUACCGCGGGCCUAGCGCCGUAGCGCCGGCGCACUGGCGCGCUCCGUUCACACGCUCCGCGGCCUGUAGGCGCCGCGAGUUCCGGCUGUCCCCGUCACCGCCGCUGCUCCUGGAGGUCGGUUGCGACGAGUAACGGCGCCGGGACGAGCUCCGCGCCUUCGUUUCCGAUAUGUACCCGAAUUGGGGCCGGUAUGGCGGGAACAGCCACUAUCCGCCGCCGCCGGUCCCGCCACCGCCGCCGGUGGCGCUUCCUGAGGCCUCGCCGGGGCCCGGGUACUCCAGUUCGACGGCCCCCGCGGCCCCUUCCUCUUCGGGCUUCAUGAGCUUCCGAGAGCAGCACUUGGCGCAGCUCCAGCAGCUGCAGCAGAUGCACCAGGAACAAAUGCAGUGCGUGCUCCAACCCCACCACCUUCCUCCGCCUCCGAUGCCACCCCCGCCGGUGAUGCCGGGGGGCGGCUACGGAGACUGGCAGCCGCCGCCUCCACCGAUGCCCCCGCCACCUGGGCCGGCCAUCAGCUAUCAGAAGCAGCAGCAGUACAAACACCAGAUACUCCACCACCAACGAGAUGGACCUCCUGGUUUGGUUCCAAUGGAGCUGGAGUCCCCUCCUGAAUCUCCCCCUGUACCUCCAGGAGCCUAUAUGCCCCCGUCGCAGACGUACAUGCCUCCACCUCAGCCACCACCCUCGUACUACCCUCCUUCCUCAGCUCAGCCCUACCUGCCUCCCGCUCAGCCGUCCCCUUCACAGUCCCCACCUUCCCAACCCUACCUAGCGCCCACCCCUUCUUAUUCUUCCUCCUCUUCCUCCUCGCAAUCUUAUUUGAGCCAUUCCCAGCCCUACUUACCCCCUUCUCAGGCAUCUCCUUCCCGCUCCUCCCAGGGCCAUUCUAAACCCCAACUACUUCCACCACCGUCCAUCCCUUCUGGGAAUAAAACAACUGUCCAUCAAGAGCCUUUGGAGAGUGGGGCCAAGAACAAGAGUGCUGAACAGAAACAAGCUGCUCCUGAGCCAGAUCCCUCUACAAUGACUCCACAGGAACAGCAACAAUAUUGGUACCGACAGCACCUGCUUAGUUUGCAGCAGAGGACAAAAGUGCAUUUCCCAGGACACAAAAGGGGUCCUGUCACAGCAAAGGAUGUACCAGAAACCAUAAAAGAAGACGUUCCAGUGCCUGCUACCAGUCAAACGGCAGAGCCCCUUUCGGCUGAAGAGCCCCCAUUACCACCUCCAAAUGAAGAGGCACCACCUCCACUCCCACCUGAGGAACCCCAGUCUGAAGACCCAGAAGAGGAUGCUAGGUUAAAACAGUUGCAGGCUGCAGCAGCACACUGGCAACAGCACCAGCAACAUCGAGUUGGCUUUCAGUAUCAGGGAAUAAUGCAGAAGCAUACUCAGUUACAGCAGAUCCUGCAGCAGUACCAGCAAGUCAUCCAGCAUUCACCACAUAUACAGACCAUGUCUCUAGAUGUGCAAUUGCGACAUUAUGAGAUGCAGCAGCAACAGUUUCAACAUCUCUACCAAGAAUGGGAGCGAGAGUUUCAGCUGUGGGAGGAGCAGCUCCAUUCCUAUCCUCAUAAAGAUCAGCUUCAGGAGUAUGAGAAACAGUGGAAAACAUGGCAAGGACACAUGAAAGCCACUCAGACCUAUCUCCAGGAGAAAGUCAGUUCAUUUCAGAAUGUGAAGAACCAGUAUAUGGGGAACAUGUCAAUGCCACCUCCGUUUGUCCCGUAUUCCCAGAUGCCUCCACCUCUACCAACAAUGCCCCCUCCAGUAUUACCUCCAUCACUGCCACCACCAGUGAUGCCCCCUGCUUUACCGACCACCGUACCACCACCUGGCAUGCCCCCACCUGUGAUGCCACCUUCUCUCCCAACCUCUGUGCCCCCACCGGGGAUGCCUCCAUCUCUCUCUUCCGCAGGGCCGCCGCCUCCGGUCCUCCCCCCACCUUCCCUCUCUUCUGGGGCCCCUCCGCCUGUCCUGCCCCUCCCACCAUUAUCCUCAGCCACACCUCCUCCAGGAAUACCUCCCCCUGGAGUUCCACAAGGGAUGCCUCCUCAGUUAACAACAGCCCCAGUUCCACCAGCCUCCGGUUCCCAAAACGCACAGGUCCCAGAGAAAUCUCUACAAGCACUGCAUCCCACACCUAUGUCUUUUGGUUCAAAUCCACCUUCAACCUUUCACCCUCCACCUCAGUCAGAACAAGUGAAUUCCAAACCUCUGAACAAGGCUACUCUGGCAUUCAGUUCGUUCUCAUCCGAGCAAGGACUUGGCGAACCUUCAGCUGCUCCAUCCCAGUCUGUCACUACAGCUAAGGAUAUGCCAGUGAGGUCAGCUGGACCGCCUCCAGAGUCUCCUAGAAGCAAUUUCUUGGAAGGUCCAAGAGGUCCCAGAUUUGAUGGUCCUCGAAGAUUUGAGGAUUUAGGGUCAAGGUGUGAAGGACCGAGACCCAAAGGGCCUCGUUUUGAAGGAAAUCGCCCCGAUGGGCCAAGACCCAGAUAUGAAAGUCACCCAGCAGAGGGCACUAAAAGCAAAUGGGGAAGGAUCCCCCGGGGUCCAGCAUCUCAAUUUUAUAUAACUCCCAAUACAUCCCUAAGCCCUGGACAGAGUGGAUCACAGUGGAAAGGCCCCAAAGCACCUGUUGGACAGCAGCAUCAGCAGCAACCUAAGUCACAAGCAGAACCUCUUUCAGGAAACAAAGAACCAUUAGCAGACACAAGUAGUAACCAGCAGAAGAAUUUUAAAAUGCAAUCAGAUGUAUUUUCCACUGCUGCAGAUGUCAAGGACACCAAGGCGGCUCAGUCAAAUGAGAAUCUAAGCGACUCUCAGCAAGAGCCACCUAAAGGCCAAGUCGCGAAAGGGCCCAUAGAGCCCUCUAAUUGGAACCAGAAUUCUCAAAGUAUGGAGACUGAAAUGGACAAAGCCCAAGGCGUUACUCAGCCUGUAUUCCUUGCCAAUAAACCUGUACCUACUCUAGCUACCUUUUCCUUCAAACUAGAGAACAUUGAGAGAGCAGCAGCAAUAGCAGCAGCAGCAGCAGCAGCCGCGGGGGCGGCUGCAGAUAAUGACUUCAAACCUUUGGGUGUUGGUUUGCCCCACUCAGAGAACAGCCAAGGAAAAGGUCUGCCUCAGCCAGACAGCAGAGAAAAUAGGUUAGAAGGCAAAAGCAGCAGCUCAUCUUACAGAGGUCCUGGGCAAAACAGAGUGGAAGUUACACGGGAUAAAGGACUAAUAAACAGAGGCCGUUGCCAGACAAUUAGUCAGGGCCCGGGGCUGGUCAAGCAAGAAGACUUCCAUGAUAAGAUGAUGGGUAGAAGAGAAGACAGUCAUGAGAAAAUGAACAGAGGAGAAGGCAGUCGGGACAGGGUGUUGGUGAGGCCAGGAAGCAGCCGGAAUAAAGUACCAGGUGGUCCACAAGACAGCCAGGACAGCAGAGCUGGCAGCCGAGAAAGGGGACUACCUCGAAGGGCUGGCAGUCAGGAGAGAGGACCUCCUCGAAGGGCUGGAAGUAGAGAGAGAGUAACCCCCCGAAGAGCUGGGAGCAGAGAGAGGGGACCACCUCGGAGCUCAGGCAGUCGAGAAAGGGGACUAGGGAGGCCAGAUUUUGGUCAUGAUAGAGUUCCAUUCAGGCCGGAACCAGGAGAUAGUGGGGAGAAAAUGUAUCCUUAUCACCGAGAUGAGCCUCCAAGAGCUCCGUGGAACCAUGGAGAAGAGAGAGGACAUGAAGAGUUCCCAUUAGAUGGUAGAAAUGCUCCAAUUGAGCGAAAAAGACUCGAUGACUGGGAUAGAGAGAAAUACUGGAGAGAGUGUGACCGUGACUAUCAAGAUGAUGCACUAGAUCCCUACAGCAGAGAGGACAGACGAGGCCCUUGGUGGGAUGAUUGGGAAAGAGAUCAGGAGAUGGAUGAGGGUUAUGAUAGGGAAAUGGAUAGGGACUUAGACAGAGACAUGGAUCGGAUCAGAAGACCCGUGGAUCUCUAUGAUAGAAGUGUGGAUAAUGAGUGGGACAGAGAUUAUGGGAGACCACUGGAUGAACAAGAAUCACAGUUCCAUGAACGGGAUAUUCCGUCUCUUCCGCCUUUGCCACCCCUCCCACCUCUUCCACCUUUGGAUAGAUACCAGGAUGAUAGAUGGAGAGAAGAAAGAAAUCGAGACCAUGGGUAUGACCGAGAGUUCCGGGAUAGGGGUGAGUUGAGGAUUCGAGAGUAUCCAGAAAGAGGAGAUACAUGGCGGGAAAAGAGAGAUUAUGUUCCUGACAGAAUGGACUGGGAAAGAGAACGGUUAUCAGACAGAUGGUACCCGUCUGAUGUGGAUAGACAUUCCCCCAUGGCGGAACAUAUGCCAUCCUCACAUCAUUCCUCUGAAAUGAUGGGGUCCGAUGCAAAUUUAGACUCUGACCAAGGCCUUGGAGGGGUAAUGGUUCUCAGUCAGAGGCAGCACGAAAUCAUUUUGAAAGCUGCACAGGAAUUGAAAAUGCUUCGAGAACAGAAAGAACAGCUUCAAAAGUUGAAAGACUUUGGGUCUGAGCCACAGAUGGCUGACCAUCCACCACCCCAGGACUCAAGACUACAGAAUGCAUCAAGACCUGGCAUAUAUCCGCCUCCAGGAGCCUAUAGACCACGCCCUCCCAUGAGUAAGCCACCAGGGUCAGUCGUAAGACCCUCUGCUCCACCAGCAAGAUCGUCUGUUCCUAUGACUAGGCCACCUGUGCCAAUACCACCACCGCCUCCUCCGCCUCCACCACCACCUCCUCCUCCCCCAGUUAUAAAGCGAAAAACUUCAUCUAUGAAACAGGAACGCUGGGACGAAGAUUCUUUCUAUGGGCUCUGGGAUACAAAUGUUGAUCAAGGACUGAAUUCAGAAUUUAAGUCAGACACUGCAGCAAUUCAGUCUGCUCCGGUAUUACCACCCCCACCUGUUCAUUCUUCCAUUCCCCCUCCUGGCCCAAUGCCUAUGGGUAUGCCACCAAUGUCCAAACCACCACCAGUGCAGCAUACAGUUGACUAUGGCCAUGGCCGAGAUAUGCCUACUAAUAAAGUUGAACAGAUACCAUAUGGAGAAAGAAUAACUCUACGCCCAGAUCCAUUACCUGAAAGGUCAACUUUUGAUGCAGAGCAUGUAAUCCAGCGUGAUCGCUGUGAUAGAGACAGAGAUCGUGAACCUUAUUUUGACCGUCAAAGUAAUACAGCAGAUCAUCGAGAUUUUAAAAGGGACCGAGAGACACAUCGAGAUAGAGACCGGGAUCGUGUUCUUGACUAUGAGCGGGAUCGAUUUGACAGAGAGCGUAGACCCCGAGAUGACAGGAAUCAGUCAUAUCGAGACAAAAAAGACCAUUCCUCAUCCAGAAGAGGAGGAUUUGAUAGGCCAUCCUAUGACCGGAAGUCUGAUAGACCACCCUAUGAAGGCCCAUCCAUGUUUGGAGGAGAGCGAAGAACUUACCCGGAGGAGCGAAUGCCCCUUCCAGCUCCUUCCCUGGGCCACCAGCCACCUCCAGCUCCACGGGUUGAGAAGAAGCCGGAGUCCAAGAAUGUGGAUGACAUUCUGAAACCACCAGGCCGGGAGAGCAGGCCUGAAAGAAUUGUUGUGAUAAUGAGAGGAUUGCCUGGCAGUGGAAAGACACAUGUUGCAAAACUUAUUCGGGAUAAGGAAGUAGAAUUUGGAGGACCUGCACCCAGGGUUUUAAGUCUAGAUGAUUAUUUCAUCACUGAAGUAGAAAAAGAAGAAAAAGAUCCAGAUUCUGGAAAGAAAGUGAAAAAGAAGGUGAUGGAAUAUGAAUAUGAAGCUGAGAUGGAGGAGACUUACCGCACCAGCAUGUUCAAAACAUUCAAAAAGACUCUGGAUGAUGGCUUUUUCCCUUUCAUCAUUCUGGAUGCUAUCAAUGACAGAGUUAGACAUUUUGACCAGUUUUGGAGUGCAGCAAAAACCAAGGGUUUUGAGGUGUAUUUGGCUGAAAUGAGUGUUGAUAACCAGACUUGUGGCAAGAGAAAUAUUCAUGGAAGAAAGCUUAAAGAAAUAAAUAAGAUGGCUGAUCACUGGGAAACUGCACCUCGUCACAUGAUGCGUCUAGACAUUCGUUCCUUGCUACAAGACGCUGCAAUAGAAGAAGUAGAGAUGGAAGAUUUUGAUGCAAAUAUUGAAGAACAGAAGGAUGAAAAGAAAGAUGCAGAAGAAGAGGAAAGCGAACUGGGUUACAUUCCGAAAAGCAAAUGGGAGAUGGACACUUCUGAGGCAAAGCUAGACAAGUUGGACGGCUUGAGGACCGGCACUAAACGGAAACGUGACUGGGAGGCGAUAGCCAGCAGAAUGGAGGAUUACCUUCAGCUCCCUGAUGACUAUGAAACUCGUGCUUCCGAGCCCGGCAAGAAGAGGGUGAGAUGGGCAGACCUAGAAGAAAAGAAGGAUGCAGAUAGGAAAAGGGCCAUAGGUUUUGUGGUCGGACAGACUGAUUGGGAGAAGAUCACAGAUGAAAGUGGUCACCUGGCUGAAAAAGCCCUCAAUCGAACCAAAUAUAUAUGAGACUUAGUUUGUGAAUGGAGCGUUACUCCUCUAAGGUGGUUCGCUUUGAGGUGACCUGAAGCCAAGGCCUCAUGAAACUUCUUGUUUCCACGUUUCAAUUUUGUUUUGUUUCUACCAGUUUCAUUUUUAAAAGUUCUCCAGUAUCCCCAAGAAAUUUUAGAAUCUUGCUGUACCCAAGCAAGACAUUAAUUUUUCUUUUAAACUAAUUUGGAGAGGGAGGGUUAGCUUAACUGCUGAAGUCAGGUGGGGAUCCACUGGAGGAUUCCAACAGAAUAUUUCCUCCACUGUACACUGUCACAGACUAUCAUCAUUGCUUUGUGGCUGUUUUUGGUUUUUUACUGUAUGUAACUGGUAGCUGAUUGUACUAGGAUUAAAAACAAUAAACUUUCACGAUAAAGCCAA